UUUGGGAAUACCAGUUGCUGUUGAUAGCCAUCAUGUCUCCUGAGACAUUCCAUACGUUAUACACUUCGAGACGAUCUACUGCGUACUCCGUACAUGAUUGUUGCGCACAUCCGCACCAGCAAUGCUUUACCCCGCUCACUCCAUCCAUCAUUUGAAACACAACCUCGACCUUCAAUAACACAACGAGGACCACAAGCACAAUGCUGGGUCCUGACUGUUGGCGGAUAGUAACCUAUCCUAUGACCCAGUUCUUUGCCUCUACCCCUCUUGCCAUUUCUUUCUCUCUCCUCCUCCAUUUUUAUCCUUCCUCUUCAUCUUUCCAUCCACCGGUUCUCAUCGAGUUACUGAUACUCAUCGCUUUAGUGACUCUCACAAAUCUGAUAAUUCUCAUUUGUAUACGUUGCCCAUCUAACUUGAUACCCUUCCGCACCAGACAAAGCUAUCGUUGAGACAAGAGCGAUGGCACAGGAACUUGACUUCAGCUCGCCACCAAACCGCCAUUCUUGGACCGACGGCCAGCGAAUAGUGCUUUGUUUACUCCGAAAGUACUACAAAAACAAAUGGGAUGAUCUAGCAAGAAUAUUCAACAGAGUUUUUGCAAGAGAGUUGAGCUUAAGUGGAUACUUUCAAGGAAUGCCUACAAGGGUAAUCCACUCGCAGUACCACACAAUGCAGCACAAGAAAUUCCCAGUCUGGACGAAGAUCAACUCUUCCUCGUCCUUGGCAAAGAGGGAAUACGAUCUCCUUUUCUUGAUUAUCACUACGGCUCGCGGUCUAGGGGUGACACUUAUCAGAAACAACCAGCACACGCCAGUGUUCAUCCAACCUUCUGGACAUUCCUUCGUUGAACCAACUGAAAUUCCUGUACAGAGACUUGAGAUAUUUAAGAGGCAAGAACAGGAGCCACCAGCAGAUUUUUCAACAUUUUCACCAGCUUCCGACGGAGUCAUUCUCGAGGAUGAUAGGAGCAGUUCUUCAACCACCCCCAAUUCACCCAACUCCACGUUAAGAAUCCCUCAACCUGACAGCAUGUCCCCAGUGCAGAACGGAAAGCCCUAUCUUGCUUUUCGAUAUUGGAGCUCAAAAAGCUGUGGCAUGAACACUUGCUCGUACUUUGUUGCGGGUAUAUGGGCAAAUCAACCGAACCACAUGUCACAGCCAAAUUUCGAUCCACUUGUUAUCGAGUCCCUGGCCCGGUCACAUCUUACAAGAUGCAAAGUCAAAACACCAUUUAUCUCUGUGUUUGACACCCCACUAGCCCCGCUUCAGCGCGCACUUCAGGAAGAUGACGGGAUGAUAACAGUUUUUGAUCUCUCCUCCUUUGAUAAUACGCGGAUCUUCUCCGCCGUGGAUAUCCUUAAGCAUGAACCCUUGAUCCUAGAGAGCCAUGAACGCCCAUACAGUGGAUACAGCGAAUUCCUUAUCUGGGGUGAUAUAUCCUCAGAGCAUAUCGUUGGAUCCGUCAGAGCUAAAGAUCUCCUGGAUCUCUCUAGUCGCUAUGAGGAGCUUUUGCAAAUAUCAACCAUCAAAUCAUUCCGUUUGAAUGGAAACCCUUUGAAAAGACGAUUGAUUGCUCAGAAAACACCAGCAAAUAGAUCCACAGGAUAUCUUUUAGGACGACUUCUCUGCAAAGCCAAAUUUCCUCAAAAAUAUGCAAGUGAGCUGGCCAUCAAGAUCUCAAAAAGCUGGAGAUUCCAAAUGGAAGGAGAUGAUGGGUUUCAAUUGCUCUCCAAAGGGGUCCAGGCAGGGUACGAUUCAAUACGAAAAUCAAGUAACCCAAAUAGCCAGUGGAGCCAUAAGCAUUGCUCGCAAGCCUCUAGUACAGAUGACGGCUGGGAGUUUGUGGAACCCUCUGAUAAUGCAGACUGGGUUGAUGAAGAUUGCAGUCUGAACCCGCAAGAGCAAAUCGAUGUAUUCGCCAAGAGCCGAAAUCAUAUUGCAAAUGUUAUGGGAUACUAACCUGGGUCCUGCGUGUCAUGUUUACUUGAUCUGGUUACAUUUAAUAUGUUUCUUUUGACAAGGCCAAUGGAAGUAUGGAUUUGACAGAUGCUGGUUUAUUUCUUCCAUCUUUUACUCGUUUGAGAGUUGAUAUAUGCAAGUUCUCAUUGUGGAUAUUGGUGGUGUUUGAAUCUAUGUUGCGGAAUGGAAAACCGCAUUAGCGGUUCUGAAUGAUUGUGAGGUGAUGGAGAGCUUAUUUGACUUAACAGCUGAUAUUACAGAGCUGCCUUGCUAUUUUAGUGCAAUUCAUGCGUUAUGCAUAUGUCCGCGUCCACUUGUUGAAAGUGUCAUUUGCGUUUGAUGCCCUCUCUGUGGAGAAGAGGAAUGAUGGGAUAGGAAUCGGUUGUCGAGAAGAGGUUUAACGGAGCUAAUAACUGCGCUUUUAAAUCCGAGUCUGAAACGGAAUGAAAAAUUGAAUUUCCCUAUGGCA